UGAAAACUGUGGGUCAUUUUACUCAUAGAUCUCCCUCUUCUUAGGCUCCUCAACUAAACAUCUUUAAUGCUCUCGCUCUCUCCCCGCUGUGUUAUUACCACCUCAUAAACUUGGAAAUAUAUAUAUUUACCAUUCUUUUUUUUUCAAAACCUUCUUGUUUUUCUAUAUAACGAGAUCAAUACAUCAAGUCUCCAACCACCUAGCUACCAGCCUAGAGCAGGAACAUUAAUGCUGGUGCAUAGCAUCUCUCAUGCUUCACAUACCCUAAAGCUCUUCACUCUCAAGAUCUAGAGAGAAAAUCUAUUGAAGUAAAACAGUCUGUCUUCCAUAAUUGCUGAUCUUUCUAUAAAAUCUUCUUGCAUCUCUUGUAAACUCAUUCUCUAUCCAUCUCUCUUCAAACUUCAUUCACCACCUGGACCGCCGUCUCUAGCUAUUUCCGGCAAUUCUUUUCUCAACUUUUGUGCCAAAUCAUGGAGAUAUCCACAGCUCUAAUGAUUCUUUCAGCCAUCACUGCUUACUUCUUAUGGCUCACAUUCAUAUCUCGUUGUCUUAAAGGUCCACGUGUCUGGCCCUUGGUCGGGAGCCUCCCUGGUCUAAUCGAAAACUGCGAGAGAAUGCACGACUGGAUCUCCGACAACCUUCUCGCUUGCUCCGGUACGUAUCAGACAUGCAUCUGCGCUAUUCCGUUUCUAGCGAAGAAACAAGGUCUAGUAACUGUCACGUGCGACCCAAGAAACCUCGAGCAUAUUCUCAAGACUCGCUUUGACAACUACCCUAAAGGUCCAACAUGGCAAGCCGUGUUCCACGAUCUUCUAGGUCAAGGGAUCUUUAACUCCGACGGAGACACGUGGCUUUUCCAGCGUAAAACCGCUGCUUUGGAGUUCACCACGAGGACUCUCCGUCAAGCCAUGGCUCGUUGGGUUAACCGAGCUAUCAAGCUUAGGUUUUUACCUAUUCUCGAAACGGCUCGGCUCGACUCCGAGCCGAUCGAUCUUCAAGAUUUGCUUCUUCGGCUUACGUUUGAUAAUAUCUGCGGCUUGACGUUCGGUAAAGACCCGCGGACCUGCGCACCGGGUCUCCCGGUUAACACGUUCUCCGUGGCUUUCGACCGAGCCACGGAGGCGUCGCUACAACGGUUUAUAUUGCCGGAGAUUUUAUGGAAGUUCAAGAGAUUGGUCGGGCUCGGCUUAGAAGUCAGCUUGACCCGAAGCUUGGUCCAAGUAGACAAUUACUUGUCGGAAAUCAUUAAAACACGUAAGCAAGACUUGACGAGUAAGCCCAAUAACGAUGGGGCCCAACACGACGACCUCUUAUCCCGGUUCAUCAAAAAAAAGGAAUCCUACUCCGACGAAGUCCUCCAGCGCGUGGCGCUCAACUUCGUACUCGCGGGCCGUGACACGUCAUCAGUCGCUUUGAGCUGGUUUUUCUGGCUGAUCACGCAGAACCCUACCGUAGAGGAUAAAAUCCUCCGCGAGAUCUGCACCGUCCUUACCGAGACACGUGGCGAUGACGUGGCGCUGUGGAUCGACGAGCCGCUCGCGUGCGAGGAACUCGACCGGUUGGUUUACCUCAAGGCGGCGUUAUCGGAGACGCUGAGGCUGUAUCCCUCGGUGCCGGAGGAUUCGAAACGCGCCGUGAAGGACGACGUGUUGCCGGACGGGACUUUCGUGCCGGCGGGAUCGUCGGUGACGUACUCGAUCUACUCGGCGGGGAGGAUGAGAUCGACGUGGGGUGAUGAUUGCUUGGAGUUCAAACCGGAGAGAUGGAUCUCGGGAUCGGACGGUGGGAGAUUCAUCAAUCACGAUCCGUUCAAGUUCGUGGCGUUCAAUGCUGGCCCUAGGAUCUGUCUAGGGAAAGAUCUGGCUUAUUUACAGAUGAAAUCGAUCGCGGCGGCGGUUUUGCUCCGUCAUCGCUUGACGGUGGUGACGGGGCAUAAGGUGGAGCAGAAGAUGUCGUUGACUCUUUUCAUGAAGUACGGUCUUCUCGUUAACGUUCAUAACCGGGAUUUAACGGCGAUCGCGGCGGAUCUGCGGGAGAGUAAAUCUAACGCCGUUAACGACGGAGUUUGUAACGGCGUCAGAAGGUAGGUAAGGUAGGUGAGAGUAAUCACGUCUAUCAAUUGAAUGUUGGAAUAGAGUGUGGCACUCGCUUAUGGGGAGCGUGUCGGAUACGCGAUUCUUUUGGGCCUACACAGCAGUGUACGCCAGAUGUGGUUUAUUGAUUGGCUGCAUUUUUAUUCAAUAGAGGUAAUUUUGCAAAGCGCGUUGUCUUCUUUUCUUUUACUUUUUUUUUUUUUUUUGUUAUUUUCACUCCCUCCGAAACUUCAAAUUAAAAGACAGUAAAAUUUGAUUUCAUUAUUUUUGUAAGCAUCUCUCAAUUUGAUCAAUAAU